GCCAUCUUUCAAUUUAAUUUUAUAACUUAAUUUAUACAGAAUAUUGCAUGAAAAUGUAAAUUUAAAAAGACAUACAUAAGAAUACAUAUGUUUUACAACACCCACGGGCAGAAAUUAAGAAAAAAAGUGCCUAUUCUAAGCUACGCUCCAAAAACCCGCCUUUUCCCAGAGAACGCGUCAUAUGACGUAACGACAGGCAAACAUAGGCGCUGCAGCCUUGGUUCUCAGUGUGGGUUUACGUAGUCUGAGAGGUGGAAACAGAAAAUAGAGAUUGUCGUUCUCGUUAUUAUAGUUAUAGUAGGUUUGAGUUGUCACAAUGGUGAAUUCUUGUGUUUGUUUUGGAUGCAACAACUCCAACUUGUCUGGCCAUCGGGUCCACCGAUUUCCAAACAAGAAACACAAAGAUUUCCGUGCUUGGAUACGUUUCUUCCAGGCAAAGAGAAGCAAUUUCGCUGCCUCCUCGUUGACAAGACACACGGUGGUAUGUGAAAAACACUUCACACCGGACAGCUACAACCAAGGAGAUCUUAUGGAAUUUCGCAUGGGAUUUCUACGAAAAGAGUGGGUUAGGCUGGCAAAUGGAGCUGUGCCAUCGGUGCAUGCAGGUCCACCUGCAAAAUCUGGCGGGAGUGAAGAGUCUAACGUUAAUGUUAGCACUAGGAGAGAAUCUGCGCGUCGAAAAAGGGAGCUUUGCACAGCCUGCGGAACUUGUGGUUAUGAGCGUUACUGGCAAAACCAAGAGAAGGUGCAUCGAAACAUGCCUGCCUGCAACCUUUUACUCAGCGGUGCCAUCCACUUCUCAGGUUGCAUGGCUUCUCAGACAAUCAGGAUGCUGAAGCUGUUUGGACUGCAGUGCAUAAGUCCUGGCACUUUUUUCUGCCAUCAGCGCUAUUACUCUAUCCCUACCAUCAUGCAGGCCUGGAGGAAUGAGCAGAGGGGGAUCAUCAGGGAGUUGAAGGAGACUGGGGGUGGAUUGAUCCUGUCUGGUGAUUGCAGGUAGAUUGGUCCAGCUCACGUCACUGAUGUAGAACAGGUCAAUGUGUUUUUGCAUUAACCUAUAAAUGUAACUGUUUUUGACGUUCUUAGAUCAGAUUCUCCUGGACACUGUGCCAAAUACGGUAGUUACUCCUUGAUUGAGGAUCGAAUUAACAAAGUUUUGGAUGUUCAGCUUGUCCAAGUAAGCUGAUGUCACACAUAAAUCUUGUGUCUGAUUUAGUUACUGAUAUUACUGUUACUG